CCCCGCGGUCCGGGCUCGGCUCUGGGAGCCGCUCCCGCCGCCGGCCUCGGCUCUCGCGGGGCCGCCCCGAGCGGCUUCUCCGGCCGCCUCGCCCGGGCUUUGCCCUUCUCCUGCUCCCCCCGCGAGAGGGGCCUGGGCGCCGUGCCGGGCGCCUCCCCUCUCUGCCGGGGCCCGGCUGACGGCCCCUGCCCCGCGAGCUGUCCGAGUCUGCGGCGCCGAGCUGCUGGGGGACGCGCCCCUCUCCCCCGCUGGAGCGGGGUGGCCCGGUGGAGCUUUUGGCUCGGAAGCAUGGGUUGGCGGGGAGCAAACCUCGUCUGAGGCGUGCUCCAGGGUGCACGUUUUCACUUUCUGCCCACGCAAGCGGGAGCUUCCCUUUUCCUUCCUCUCCGUCCCCAAGUCCGGCCGCUCCCGCCCGCGGAUACCUUGCAACGAAGAGACCAAGCUUGUGCUGUCUCCAGCUCCACCAACCUGACCUAGUCUAGGGCUUUGAAACGCUAAAAGGGCUCCUUGCUGCGGUAAGUUUUACGUUUGCCGUCUGUGUCAUGACAGCAAGGAAGAUCAUCAGAUGGAUCGUUUUAAAGUAAAACAAGUGCAGUGUGCAAAGUGCAAAAGCAUCCAGCAGGCUCAACAGAGUUGUGAGGAUUGCAGCAGUAUGUUCGGAGAAUAUUACUGCGGUAUAUGCCACCUAUUUGACAAAGACAAGAAGCAGUAUCACUGUGAGAAGUGUGGAAUUUGUAGGAUUGGUCCAAAAGAAGACUUUUUCCAUUGUUCAAAAUGUAACUUAUGUCUAGCUUUGAGUUUUCAAGGAAAACAUAAGUGCAUUGAAAAUGUCUCCAGGCAGGACUGUCCAAUAUGUUUAGAGGACAUUCACACCUCACGUGUUGGAGCUCACGUUCUGCCGUGUGGACACCUUCUUCAUAGAACUUGUUAUGAAGACAUGUUAAAAGAAGGUUACCGAUGCCCCUUGUGCAUGCACUCGGCUUUAGAUAUGUCCAGGUACUGGCGACAAUUGGAUGAUGAAGUGGCACAAACCCCUAUGCCCACGGAAUAUCGGAACAUGAUGGUGGAGAUCCUUUGCAAUGAUUGCAGUGCCCGGUCCACGGUACAGUUCCAUAUCUUAGGCAUGAAGUGUACAAGCUGUGAAUCCUACAACACUGCUCAAGACGGAGGAUGCAGGAUGGCUCUGGAGCAGCAGUGACUACCACCCACAUCGCAUGUUACUGGAAAGAAAACCAUCCUUGUUUGAUAUGGCUGCUAAGGCACACCACAAUGUUUCAUAGUACAAAUGGUUUCUCUGUUAAUGUCCUAUCACAAAAUCCCAAUUCCUGGCGCUGUAUUCAGGCUCCUUAGGAAACUGUCACUCUCUGCUGUUAGCAUAUCCUAUGAUUCCCCCACUGCAGUGGUUGUGAAGUGCAGAUCCAUGUCAGAGCGCCUGUGAGAUCUCACCCCUCUGCUUUCUACAGUGAUGCUCCCUGGAGAGCAUUCUUGUCUGGUGGAACUUCCCUUUCCGUGGUGCUGUGCAUCACACACAGUGUUGGUCCUUGAGAACUGCAAAUUUUAGAGGAGAGCUCAGCUGUUUUUUCUACCAUGCUGUAUAGAUACAUAUUUCUAAUAAGAUGAUUUAUAAGCAACAUCUGUCAGAACUGAACUGAUUCAGUGGCAUCUGAGGGCUCCGACCAGAUUCCGUGGAGGCUGUUGCUUCCAGGAAGAGAGGGCAGCAAGGAUAGACAGAUACCCCUUCUGCAUAGAAAUCCGUGGGGAAGGUCAGUAGCUUGGAGUGCUAUCUUAAGGAAAGCUUAAGUCUUCAAUCUUUUUGGUAAAUAGAUUUUGUUUGUGAGUGACACUUGUAGGUGGAUGAAGUCUGGGAAAUGGAGGUGACGAUAGAUGGAAGAGGUGGAGUGGUACAAAUCAUUUAUCUUCAUCUGCAACUCCCACAACCUGCACAAAGUAAAAAUGAGCAGGUUUAUUAAUGUAAAGCAAGGCUACUGUGUGUCAGAUCAGUGUGGAUAUACAACACUUUAAAAACAGGGCUCAAAGCUGCUGCUUUUCUCAACUGGUUUCUCUACAUCUUAGUUCCUUUCAUCUGCUGCAAUUACACUAGCCAUUGAUUUCUCUCCACCCCGAAGGCCCCGAUGCUGAAAAGUCGAACCAACAUGCUUCCUUUAAAUAUGCCAGCGGUCUGUUAACUUCAGUGAGUCUAUUCAGGUGUAUGAAGUUAGGCAUGUGCCUUCGUCUUUUCAGGAUUGAGGCCAAAAAUAGUUAGUUCCAUUGAUUCUGCAAUUUUGCAAAAAUUCUCCAAUUUAGGGACACUCUCAGGUGGUUUAGGCCCAGUCUUUGCUUUUGCAGUUGUUUUCUUGAAACUAGAUCUUACAAAACAAUUGUUAAAAUAUACUGAAAAUAGUUCCCUCCAGAGUGUUGGCAGUCUGAAUGCUGCGGGAUGGCCCUCCUUUGUGAGAGCCAGUGUGUGAAAGUAGCUCAAGGUAUAUAUGAAAGAAUCUUAUCUCUUUCAUUCUCCAUGCUGAGUGAAAUCAGAAAAUCACAAACCUAGCUUCUCACUAUGUAGCUUAUUUUUUAAACUUGUUCUAAUUAUCUAAAGUGUCACUAAAAAUUUAUUUUUCAUCUGACAGUGUCCCUUUAUGCUCAAAAAUACUUCAACUCUAAAUGCUGCAUGGUAGUAUUAGUGUAUCCUGCUACGGAAAUCGAACUGCAUAUAUGUAGGGAUCUUUUUCUAAAGCCCUUUUCUCAAUGCCAUAAAGUAAUGUAUUUUGAUGUACAGUAAUAUCUUUAAUAAAGCAGAUUAUAGUAAACUCUU